UUAUCACUGUAUAACGAAUUGUGCUUGUUGCACUGCUCAGUCUGAUCACAGAUACAGGUGCUGAUGGACAAAGAUCGUGUUGUUCCAAAGCCUCGGAGCUGGACUCCCUCUGUGUGUGCAGUAGUAACGGGCAUCCUGAUAUUAAUAAUGGUAUAUCUACUAAAUUCUGAGCUACUGAGAAAAACAUCAGGAACAAUCACACUUGCAAUGGCUCUGGGACCAAUACUGUACAGCUUUUGUUUGCUUGUUGAAGAAUGGAAAUUUCAUUCAAAACAGAGGUAUGGUCAAAGUAUCCAGCGGAUGCUUCAAGCCUGUUUCAGCAAAGCCACUUUAUUGGGAUUUGGCGUGGUGGUUUUGGUGCUGCUGGUGAACGGUGCUGAGUACACACAUGAGAAGACUGUCUUAACGAUGCUAACCUGUGCUUUCUACCUGCUGUUCAAGUCCUUUGGAGUUCUGGGUCCUACACCAGUGGAGGUAUUGGAGACCUGUGAAAGCAAACAGCUGAACGUCGCACAUGGUCUAGCCUGGAGCUUCUACCUGGGCUAUCUGAAACUUGUUCUACCAGAGUUGGAGAAUCAGGUGAAGAAGCAUUACAAUGUGAACGGAGAGAUGCUUAGUUCCUACCGACUUCACAUUCUACUGCCUCUGAAUGCAGCAGUCAGGUCCAAACUGGAGGAAGAGGACAAAAACGUAUGUUUCCUUGAUAACCUACCGGAGCUGAUGAUUGACCGGGCGGGAGUAAGGAAAAGAGUUUACAAACACAGCAUCUACAAGAUUAUAGAUCCCAACAAAGAGCCUUAUUACUGUAUAGCGGAGUUUGCUACUCCUCUGGUCACCCUCUAUCAGAUGUCUGAGGACAGCAAUGUAGGGUUUGGAGAAAAGGACAGAAGACAACAGGUUUUGCUUUUCUACAGGACUCUCAGCCAAAUACUGGAAAGUUCUUUGGAGUGCCGCAAUUGCUACCGUCUCAUCCUGCUUGACGAUGAGCAGGCUGAUGACCCUCACUACCUGUCUAAGGAGCUCAUCAAGCAUCUACAGCAGGAGGAUCGUGAGAUACUCAUGGAUCUACCACAAGAACUGGGCCGGCCUGUGUUAGAACAUGGAGUGUUUGAAGCUCCUGUUCAAAACUACCAGCAGGAGGAGCUCUCCAGUACAAGCUACAAUCUGAUGAUCAGCCAGCCCCAGUCUCUGAGGUCUGAACCUGUGGAGAACACGGACUACACUAACUUUCACAACCGACAAAGAUAGGCUUUAGCAUUGUGUUUACCGUUUUCUUAUGCAACAGAAAUACAUGUGUGUGUGGCUGUUUGUUUGUGUGUUUUUUUAAUAAAUAAAUCAUAUUUACAAGUAGGACAA